AUUUAUCAUUCUUUUAGAGUUUAGACACUGAUAGUUGAUGAUACUCGUGCUUUCAUUUUGACAUUCUACUUUCUAUUUACAUUUUAUUGUUGAGUUUAUUAUUUCUAAUAUUUAAUGCGUUAUCAGAUGCCAUUGCAAUUAAGGUAAUUGGAAAUUAUAGUUGUCGUUGAAGUUUUACUUGGUAAUUGAUUAAUUUUUGCACGGCUUCGUACGUCUAUAGUAAAGAAUUAAUAUAGGUGCACUACGUUAAAUGUAUUGAGAUAAUUCAUUUUAUACAAUAUAUACUAAAUAAUAUUAUGCAAAAUGAAGAACGAUCCACCCAAGAGAUCCAAAGUAGUAUCCAAAACACCUGUUGAAGUGACCGACUCAUUGCAACAAAUUUCAAAAAUUGUUGAUAAUGUACGCCAAUCUAUUGGUAGUAUUCCUAUUUCACCUUCUACUAAUGUGACAAAAUCUGAAUCUCAGCCAGCUGCUGUUCAAGUAACCGAAGAAGAUAUUGAAAAAAAAGAAAAAGAAACUUUGUUAAGUUUUGUUGCUGAUUGUACAACUAGACAUGAAGAAAAGAAAAAGUACAGAUUGAAAAAUCAAGAAUGUGUGUUUCCUGAUGAAUCAGAAAUCUCUAAACGUGAUUCCAGUUUGAAAAAAAACACUGCUUUUAUAAGAAAACUGAAAAAUUUCCCUCCUCCACAAUUAGAUCAAUUAAUUAAAGACAUGAACUCCCUAAAUUUGACAAAGUAUUUGUCAGAAGUUGUAUCCGCUCUUACUGAAGUUAAACUUAAAAUGACAGAAAUUGAUGCAAUGAUAGCAUUAUGUACUGAAUUAAACAUUACUUACUCGGAUUUUUCAAAAGUAUUUUUCGAACAAUGGCAAAAAGUAUUAAAUAUAAAAAAAGAAGAUAAAAUAGCGAAUAUGAGCAAAUUUAGGGUAGAUCUCAGACUUUUUGCAGAGCUUACAUCGGCUGGUAUUAUACCUCAAAAAGAAGGUCUUGUAUUGUUAGGAAAUGUGCUCACAAUUUUGAUUAGUACUGACCUUCAGGAGCAUAAUAAUAUAAACAUAAUACUCAGUUUUUGUAAAUAUUGUGGAGAUGAUUAUGCCGGAUUGAUAACAAAAGAAAUGCAGGAUUUAGCUGAGAAAUAUGAUAUUGAAAUACCAAGAAGUAAUAUGUUGACAAAUGAAAAACAAAAAAAUGUAAGAGCUCUAUUAAAAGAGUAUUAUGUGUCUCUUUGCAACCAUGUGAAACGAAUGCAUAGCGAACUAGAGUAUGCUGAAAAACAAAAUGAGAAGAUAUUACAAACUAAAGGAGAACUCAGACCUGAACGUAAGGCUAAAAAUGAACAAAUGAAUGUAACGUUUCAAAAACUUUAUAACUCUGCAAUAACCUUUUCUGACAUUUUAAGCGAACCAGUAAUUGUAUUGAAAGAAGAAAAAAAGAGCAGUUCAACAGAAGACUUGACCGACUCUGAAUUAGAUAUAAUUGGUUCUACACCAUCAGAAUUAACUAGCCUUUGGGAAGACGAGGAAACACAAAAAUUUUAUGAAGAGUUUCCAAAUCUUAGCAAUUAUAUUCCAGAAAAGAAUAAGAAAAUUGAUGAAGCUGAGGAGAAUGAACCUACUAAAAAGAGUUUAUCAGAUGUUAAAGAUGCCAUUGAUGUUGAAGUAUCAAAUAUUGGUACUAAAGUUAUAUUUGAAUCAUUUGUUGAACAACUGCCAAAAUGUGUUAAUCGAGAAAUGAUUGACAAUUUGGCUAUUGAAUUUCUAAUCUAUCUCAAUACCAAAAAUAAUCGUAAAAAAUUAGUCAAAGUCCUGUUUAGUGUUCCUAGAACAAGAGUGGAUCUUUUACCAUUCUACACGCGUUUAGUAGCCAUUUUGAAUCCUUUGAUGCCUGAAGUGGCACUGGAAUUAGGAUCUCUACUAAAAUGUGACUUCAGGUAUAAUGUCAAAAAAAAAGAUCAGAUCAACAUUGAAACUAAAUUAAAAGUUGUCCGCUUUAUUGGAGAAAUGGUGAAGUUUAACCUUAUGGCAAAAUCAGAAGCAUUACAUUGUUUCAAAAUGUUACUUAAUGAUUUUACACAUCAUCAUAUUGAAAUGGGUUGUGCUUUAUUAGAAACUGCAGGAAGAUUUUUAUAUCGCUCUCUUGAUAGUCAUCAUCGCACAAAAAUAUACUUGGAGCAAAUGAUGAGAGUUAAGUCGAUAUCAGCUUUAAGACCUGUUUAUGUUACGAUGAUAGAAAAUGCAUAUUAUUUUGUCAAUCCAACCGACUCGCCUGCCAUUUUGAAGAAACAAAGACCAAUCUUACACGAGUUUAUUAGACAUCUGUUAUAUAACGAGCUAAAAGAUGCUCCUGAGAAAGAGAACAUUAUUUUGUGUUUACUCAAACAAAUGGACUGGGAAAAUCCAAUGGAGAAAACAUAUUUGAUCAAGUGUUUGACAGAGGCAUGGAAUGUAACUUAUCCUAUGAUUUCAGAUCUAGCAUGUUUGGUUGCAGCAUUUGUUGACUAUGAUGACUCAAUUGGAACUAGAGUUGUGGAUGGUGUUAUGGAAGACAUACGUGUUGGUUUAGAAACAAAUUUAGUAAAAUUCAAUCAACGAAGAAUUGCUAUGAUUAGGUAUUUUGGGGAACUUUACAAUUAUAGAUUAAUUGAAAGUAAUGACGUGUUUAAAGUUUUAUAUAGUCUGGUGUCAUUUGGUGUAGUAUAUGAACCAGAUUUUUCUUCAACAUUUGAUCCUCCUCAAAAUCUAUUUCGAUUAAGGCUCAUAUGUGUGUUACUUGAUACUUGUGGAGAAUUUUUUAAUCGAGGUCCUGGCAAACUCAAACUCGAUUGCUUUAUUAUUUAUUUCCAGUACUAUUUCUGGUUAAAAAAGUGCAGUACUAUUUGGGAUGACCAAAAUCCAUUUCCUGUGACUAUCGAUUAUUUAGUUACAGAUACAAUAAAAAAGCUUAGACCUGGCUUAAAAUUGAAAAAUUGUUUCCUUGAAGCACAAAAAUCUGUUAUUCUACUUCAAGAAAGACUUAUUCAACAGUAUAAUCUCAAAGAAAGUGAAGAAACACAGUUAUCAACUAUUAAAGAAGAAACAGAUGAUGGACAGAAAGUUAAUUAUGAUGAUGAUGAUUCUGAAGCCGAUUCAUCAGACGAUGAAGACAGUGACGCAACUGUUUGCAGUGACAAACCUAUUGAAAACGUCUUGGAACUACCCGUUAGGCGUAAAAUUGAAGAUCCUGAAGACUAUGACUUUUUAGAAUCUUUUGAUCGGAUGGUAAGUGAUAACAUACAAGAAAGAACCAAAGAAAUAGCUCGCCCCCAAACAGAAAUAUCCAUACCUUUUCAUUUGAAAAAAUACAGCAAAAAAACAUAUGAACAGUUACAAAGCUCCAAUGAAGAUAACUCGGUGUCUUUCAUACUUAUGUUAAAAAAAGGUAACAAACAAACAUUCAAGAAUUUGCAAGUACCCGUGGAUUCUGAAUUGGCAUCAAAUUUAAAAAGUCAAGAAAUGGCUGAACAAGCAGAGUUAAGGAGGGUAAAACAAUUAACGUUGGAUAUAAAUAAUAGACAAGAAGAAGAGGAUUAUAAAGAUUUGACUCAAGUAGUACAAAAACCGAUUUCUACAAGUAUUAAAGAUAAAAAACCACCAAACAAGGGAACACCAGAUGCUGAAACUAUUUUUGGAAAAAAAAAAAGUGAGAAAUGGACAUAGCUGUACAUACACAAAAAAGUAGUUCAAUUGAACGACUCAAGAAGUAAUUGUGAUAUUAAUUUUAAGCAGAACUGAAUAAAGUGGUACCAGUAUACAAAAAAGUGAUAGUUAUCGGUUAUAUUUUUAUUCAUUCUUAAAAUAAAAACUAAUUUUAUUUUAUUUUAAUAACUAUCAAAUUGUUACUAUAUUAAAAAUGAUUAAAUGAAAAAAUUAAUGUUUUACAUUUGAAUAAUAUCCUAUUUCAUACUUAUAACACUUGUUGCCUAUCAUAUUUUAAUAGAAU